GCUACGGUACUGACAUAGCAUAACCUGAGCUCAGGACAUGAAGAAAGACAAUUCUUUCUGCACGCAUGCCUUAGACGUCCUUGCGUCUUUACUGUCCUUGAUUCUUUUCUUCUGGAAUGUGGCGGCGAAUAUAUGGGCUGUGGUAUCUUUUUAUCAGGAGGAGAAAUACCUCUCAAUGGGGGUGUUUAUAUUUCUAGUACUCAGUUCCUCUGUGUUACUGCAGACCUUUAGCUGGCUUUGGUACUCUGAGUCCCCUAAAAACCUGGACACCAAAGUGGAGAGGUUUACGAAAGAACAUGGAUUACUGGCUCUGGUGCACAUCAUGCAGCUUGGAGUCUUCCUCAGGUGUUUAGGUAUGUUGGAACUCGCAAUUAGCAGCUUUAAAUGCAAGUCCACUUACCAGAACAGGGGCACGGAGAUUCUAAGUUUCGAUUUGAGCGCUCUCUAUCUGUUCAAGGCAUUCUCUGAAAGUGCUCCACAGAUCGUACUCAUGACCACCAGCAUCAUCCAGAUGGAAGACUUUCAGCUCUUUACAGUCAUUAAAAUCGCCGGGUCUCUUUCUUCCUUGUCCUUCACCGUGUUGUCCUACCAUCGCAGCAUGCGGUCAUUCGUCUCUGAAAAGCUGAAAAUGGGAUGGCCUUCUUCUAUAAUUUAUUUCCUGUGGAAUCUGUUCCUGAUUGGUCCACGUGUGGUGUGUGUGUCCCUCUUCGCCUCCGUCCUGCCCUGCUACAUCGCAGCACACUUCCUGUCCCUGUGGACGUUGCUGGUCAUCUGGGCCUGGUGGAAGAAGACGGACUUCAUGGACACUAAAGCUGGAGAAUGGCUGUACCGGGCCACCGUAGGCCUCAUCUGGUACUUCAGCUGGUUUAAUGUAACGAGCGGAAAUACGAAACUCAGAGGAAUCAUCUACCACAUGGUUAUGGGAGCGGACACCAUGCUGCUGUUAGGAUUAUGGUGGUGGAAGAGAUCUGUGGAAUCUGCUCGUCUUAGUCCAUUCCCUAUUAAUCCCUACAUACUUAUUGGUUUGUUAGUGAUCAUCUACAUCACAGGAGUCCUGAUUAAACUGGUUUACUACUGGAAAUGUCAUCCUAACAAACCAGUUUUAAAGAUGAAUCUGAAAGAUGAGGAGUCAGAGGUGAAAACAGAAUGUGAUGCAACAUGUUAUGAUAGUCUGGAAGAGAACACGAUUGAGACUCCUGAGCCUAAAGCUGAACCUAAGAGCACAGUUUUAUCUGGCAUCCACAAAAGAAUAAGAAAUAUGGCUGUGAAUUUCUACAGCUAA